CACACAAAGCCAAAAACAAUAUUACAUUGGAAAAUAAUGUUUCACAAUCCUAUUUCUCUGUUCACAUGAAAACAAAAACUAUAAAUCGUUUUCUUACUUUUUGGGGAUAAAUUCAAAUUUUUAAUCCAAUGCAAAUGAAUUUGUGUAGAAGAUGCCGUUGUCUAUUGCCACGAUAACUUAAAAAAGGGAAAAAAUCAAUAUCACAAUCAUAUAAACAUCAUUUUCUGGUUCCGAUUUUCAGAGUACAACGGGGACAUCACGAUGAGUUCUUGCUGUUGCAACAAACGACACGUUACCUUCAUAUGGGCGGCUUUUGAAUGCCUCUUUUUUUCUGGAGUGAUAUUUGGAUGGGUGUGGUUAACGGUCACUCUGAGGCGAGACGCUUAUUUCUUAAAUCUUUGCAAUGUCACAUUUCCAGAGGAUUUUCUAAAAGACCAAAGCCAAAAUGAAGAUUUGCAAGAUGGUUCACGUAAGAGACGGCCGAAUUGCAGGACCACCUCUACCACCACUACAUUUCCACCAGAAACAGAGUAUCUUCUGCCAUUUAACGGCACGCAGUACUUCUGUGACGAACAGGAAGAUCGUCUGGAUCUUCUGUACGGGAUUGUCAUUAUUGUACGGAACUUACUCAUUUUGCCUGUAGGGGUCUUCAUGGAUAAGUAUGGUACCACUCGGACUCGACUCGUGACUGUAUUAACAUUUAUCACGGGGACUCUGAUGAUGACUUUUUCAAGCGCCGCAUUCCCCUGGCUGCUGAUACCCGCACUUGUGUUGGUAUCGCUGGCUGGUCUGCUUCUACUCAUCACAAACCUACAAGUUGCUAAUUUGUUCGGAGAACACCGAUACACUACGAUGGCAACGUUUAUCGGAGCUUACUAUUCGUGUUCUAUGAUCAUGGCUUGCAUGAAGGCAACCAAUGAUCUUGGCGUGGGAACUCAAACGUCUUUUAUGUUUUUAACCAUCGCCAUUGUUCCCAUUCUGGUAUCUACGAUUGCAUUCUUGCCCAAAAGUCGCAUACCCUGGCCACUUCCUGCGACCUACGGAAACAAACACAUGUUGAAUGGCGGAUCCGGAAGAGCCAAAAGUUCUAGAGACUCCAAAAACAGAGAGGAUUUUGCCGCCUUUAAAAACGUCGCCUGUUCCUCAUUCUUUAUAUGGUCUCUGGUUUGGUUCAGUGUCCAGUAUUUGAAGGAAUUCUUUUACGACGAAAGUUUUCGUUCAUUGUUCACAAGGCUGGGGGUCGAAAAAGAGCAUAUCAAUAUGGAAUAUUCCCGCCUGUACUCUAGUCUGAAGCUGUUAGGGUUGCCCCUGGCUCCCGUACUAGGGUAUUUACUGGAUUGGAGGAAAAUUUCAAGUUACAGUCCGCCUCGAAUCCAACAAAUGCACAGAAUUCUAAUUCUGGUAGUGCUAUCUAGUGUUUUGGCUUUGCUCAAUUCUCUUUUGCCAUUUAUUCCAUCGCUGCCAGUGCAAAUUGCUGGCUUUGUUCUCCAGAUCAUUGAACGAGUGACUGUACUAGUGUGUGUUUGCAGCUUUCUAACUCACGUCCAUUUUCCAGUUGAACAUUUCGGUAAAUAUAUCGGGUGUCAUUUUCUUGUCGCCAGUCUCAGUAGUCUGUUAGGGUUUGCAUUCCAAAGCUUGGUACAUGUUCAUCCAGAUCACAACCCCAUUUAUGUAAACUUGGUGCAGAUAUUGUUACUGGUGAUCGCCUGGGGCCACCCGAUAAACAUCUGGUACCACUGCCACCAGGGCCUCAUACAGGAUGCCUCGGAGACUGAUUUCGGUUCGGAAAUUCCAACGAACCAAAAACUAGUUACCGAGCCAGACACUCCGAGUUCUGUUUGAACGUCCAGGAGCGACACUCUGGAUAAUAAUAUCAAUGAACCAGACUGACAACUCACAUAAUGUAUAUUGUGAAUUACGCUUGAGUGUGGAGUCCGCAUUACUCCAGAAAAAAUUCAGCAAAUUGUUUUGACUGUCAUCCAAUCAGAAUGUAGUAAGCGGAGUCUCGAUAUCACCUCACGCCUAGCUUCUGCGAGACAGGCACGUAUCAUUAUUUUUGUUUAGGGGGAGAGACAGCCGGAAGAAAACUUGUGUAAGUUGGCUUCUUAACUCAAAAAAUCUUGACAAGCGAUAAAUAAGAAAAAAGCCAUACAAAUCGAAAUGUUUGCCC